CGCUUCCGGUCUGUAUCCCCUCCCCCCUUUGGCCGCAGUCCCCUCCCCCUCCUUUCCCCCCUGGAGCCCCCGAGGGGCCGGAGCUCCAGGCUGUGCGGGAUCCCAGCCUCGGCUACUCGUAAGUUGGUCUGCCACAAUGUCUGAAAGAUCAGAUCUCCUUCGCUUCAAGUUUGAAAAUUAUGGAGAUUCAAUGUUACAAAAAAUGAACAAGUUAAGAGAAGAAAAUAAAUUUUGUGACGUCGCAGUUCACAUAGAUGAUAUUGAGGUUCAGGGACAUAAAAUUGUGUUUGCUGCAGGCUCACCCUUCUUAAGAGACCAGUUUUUACUGAAUGAUUCCAGAGAAAUAAAGAUUUCCAUAUUGCAGAGUUCAGAAGUGGGGAGACAAUUGCUGCUAUCCUGUUAUAGUGGCAUUCUGGAAUUUCCUGAGAUGGAACUGGUAAAUUAUUUGACAGCCGCAAGUUUUCUUCAGAUGAGCCACAUUGUAGAACGAUGCACACAGGCCCUUUGGAAGUUUAUAAAGCCCAAGCAGCCCUUGGAGGGCAAAGAGGAAUGUGAACAGCAGAGUGAUUCUUCAGAGUCAAAAGAACAGCAGGUAGAUGACAGAGACUCACAGGAGCAGGACUCCCCCUGUAUUCAGCCCUCUGAGGAUAGUAUGGACAUGGAGGACAGUGACAUUCAGAUUGUUAAAGUAGAAUCAAUUGGAGAGGUUUCAGAAGUUAGGAAUAAAAAAGAUCAAAAUCAGUUUAUUUCUUCUGAACCAACUGCUUUACAUUCCUCAGAACCCCAGCACUCCUUAAUUAAUUCAACUGUGGAAAACAGAGUAAAUGAAAUUGAACAAAACCAUCUACACAAUUAUGCCCUUUCUUAUGCAGGUAGUGAUAACAUCAUUAUGGCCUCUAAAGACUUGUUUGGUCCUAAUAAUCGUGGUGUAGACAAAGGCCUUCAGUGGCAUCACCAGUGCCCAAAGUGUACCAGGGUGUUCCGUCAUCUAGAGAACUAUGCCAACCACUUAAAAAUGCAUAAACUCUUUAUGUGUUUACUCUGCGGAAAGACUUUCACUCAGAAAGGCAACCUCCAUCGACAUAUGCGAGUACAUGCAGGCAUCAAACCUUUCCAGUGUAAAAUCUGUGGGAAAACCUUCUCUCAGAAGUGCUCCUUACAGGAUCACCUUAACCUUCAUAGUGGAGAUAAGCCCCAUAAAUGUAACUAUUGCGACAUGGUUUUUGCACAUAAGCCAGUUUUGAGGAAACACCUGAAGCAGUUGCAUGGUAAAAACAGCUUUGAUAAUGCUAAUGAAAGAAAUGUGCAAGACCUCACAGUGGAUUUUGAUUCUUUUGCUUGUACCACAGUAACAGAAACUAAAGGGUGUCAGCAGCCGCCUGAUGCAUCCCAGGUAUUAGAUGCAGGUAAACUGGCUCAGGCUGUACUGACUAUAAGGAGCGAUGGUACCUGUGUUAAUUAAGUAGGGUUAUACACAUAACUAACGGUUGACCAAGAGAGCAUGAAGAACAGUUAAGUUUGUAUCUUGGGGGGGUGGGGUUGGGGAGCAUUUGGGUUAAUUUGACUGGUGUAUACUGUUGGGGCCCAAUGAAAGCACCUGGUAAGUUGCUGCUUCAAGGUGUUUUUACCACCUUUUUGCCCUGUUUUCGGUGAUGAAUUUUCUUCCCAUAAACAUCUACUUUUGUUUCUUGAGAAUUACUACAUUGCAGGUCAAUCACAUUGACUCCUGUUUUGACUGAUCCCAUUUCUGGGUUUUUUUGUGGGGCAUGGUAACAACAAAUUAACCUCAACUACUUUCUAUUAAUAGACUCUGUGUUAGGAGAAAUAAAAAACACUGUAGAUUGUAAACAAAAGUGGCUGAGAUUUAAAACAAACAAACAAACAAACUGAUUUUAAUGUUUUACCCUUGACCUCAGAUAGAAUGAACCACUGGCUGCUCAAUGGUUAAAUUAAUUUGUUUUUGUUAAACAUCUUAUUUACUCCACAAACUCCAUCUGAGUUCAUCUUGAAGUUGUUUACAUGAAGUAUAUUUAGUUCAUUUUCUAUACUUUUAAACAGUAUUAACACUUGAUUUCCAUUCUCUAAGUUAUUCACAUGGAUCAGGUAAUACACAUUGGUGUUUUCAGCCACAUCUACCUGCACAAGUAGAGAUCAUCAUUCAUACCAUUAUAAUCACACAUAAAAGACAGCAGUUGAAAUCACUGUGUAAGAGUGGAAACCUUUGGUUUUCGGUUAGAAUAGUACAUGAAAAGGCCAAUUGCAUCUAAUAAUAGUGUUACUUGUCUAUUUUCUUAAAGCCAGGACAACAAAUGGCAUACUUAAUGGAAGUAUUGAAGAGUAAUGAUUCUUUUGAAAAAUAAUAAAAAUAUAAAGGCUACUUGGUAGUUGAUAUACUUUAUGUCAGGUGAGCCACAUUCAUAGUGGAUUUGAUAAAAAGAAAAGUACACUGUCCAAUACUUUGUAGAGCAGACUCUGAAAUCUCCACAAAUUAUAAGUGCACUUUUCUCUAGUCAUAGUGUACUUCCUUGCCUAAAAUGACUGAAAAAAAAUCCUUAAUGAAUCACAAAAGGCACAUAUUGUAAUCAGGUUUUUCUCUUGAAGGUGUCCAAUCUUAUCUCCAUACCUGCAACAGAUCCACAAGCACCAAGUCAGUCUAUAUAUAUGGAUUUUUUUUCCCUUUGCUUCCUGAAUAAUAUUUUGGAGUCUUAGCUGUUGUAUAACAUCUGAAUUAGAUUUAGAUAGUCAUAGAAUCAUAGAAUGUUAGAGCUGAAAGGGACCUUAGAGAUAAACUAGUCUAAUUCCUUAUAGAUGAAGAAACUGAUUUCCAGGGUGGGAUAUGACUUAACCAAUGUCAUUUAAAACAGAGCUUUUACUCCACAUGUUCCUUAAAACUUUAUUCAUAACUAAACUAUUUGAUAUUCAAGAUAAAGCAUGACAUGCUAACUGGAGGUUUUAUGUUUCCUUUUUAAAUCACUGCUGGGUUUUAGGUCAGGAAACAGCCCGGUGUUUACUAGCUAACCAUCACAUAGGGAUUCAUUCCCAUUUAGAAGCUCUUUCCUUGUUGAAAAGAAGUAGUUUAAACAAUAUUCUGCUCUUACAAAUUAGAUGAAUUUGCUCAGUGGCAGUGGGCUUGUUUGUUGCAAUGUUCCUCUCUUUGGCAAGUAGUAAGAUUAUGGGGUGGGAGGGAGUCAAAUGAGGAGUAAACCCAAACACUGUUUCUAAACUAGACUGUGUUAAUUUCCAUCAAGUUUAAAACAUUUUAUCUUUUUGAGUGCAUGUAAAGAAACUUAGCUGGUUUGAAGGAAUCCCUGUGAUUGGUAUAUGGGAUGCUGUUUUUUUGCGAAUCUAAUUGGAAGCAUUGUAUCGAUCAAUAUUGUUUAAAAAAUACUUUCCCAUGCUAUUUGCUAAACAACUUAAAUGCAAAAUGUGUUGAAGGGUAGAACCAGUAAGCACUUAAACCUGAUUAGUAAGUAGAUUGUGAUGUAGCUGCUCCCUGACAAUAUCUAAUUUACUAAGUCUAACUGAAGGUACCAAUGCUAUGCAACAAUGAGAAGUUACAACAGGAUAUUUAAACCAUUUUGUUUUAUGUUGCUUUGAGCAUCAUUUAAUUAUAGGAAAAUUACAUGGCAUAGUCAAGAGACUUAGUUCAUUAACUGAAAGCUGUGCUGUCAUUCUUGUGAUGUCUUUUUCUUUUUUUUUCUUUUUAGUUUACAACACUUAGUUCUACAUGUUCUUGAGUUUCAAAUUUUCUUCCCUUCCCUCCCCCUCCCCCCUUCCCCCAAGACGGCAUGCAGUCCGAUAUAGAUUCUACAUAAACUUUCACAUUAAACUUAUUUACACAAUAGUCAAGUUGCAAAGAAGAAUUAUGACCAAUGGAAUGAAUUGUGAGAGAGAAGAAACAAAAUCAAAAAAGAAGAGAAAUAAAAGAGAGCAAAUAGUUUGCCUCAGUCUGCAUUCAGACUCCACAGCUCUUUCUCUGGAUGUAGCUCUCUUUUUCCAUCAUGAGUCCUCUGGAGCUGUCUUUGAGCCUUGUAUUGCCGAGGAGAGCCAAGUCGAUCAGUUAGUCAUCACAUAAUCAAUAUGUCUGUGGUUGUGUAUGAUGUUCUCCUGGUUCUGCUCCUCUCACUCAGGAUUAGAUCAUGUAGGUCUUUCCAGGUUAUUAUGAAGUCUGUAUCUUCCCCAUUUCUUAUAGCACAGUAGUAUUCCAUGUGAUGUCUUUUUCUUAUUGGGUUGACUAAAUAGGCAAGAGUUCAAUUUUAGAUAUAGCGCUUUUACUGAGGACUAGACUUUCUGGCUUCUUAACAGAAAACAGAAUGUUAGGGCCAGUCCUGCCCCCUCAUUUUUCAGAGGAGUAAACAGAAGCCCAGGAAGGUAACUUGCCAGUGUCAUUUGGCUGGUUAGUGGCAGAACUGGGACUUCCCAGGGCCUCAAAGUUUCUUAGUGGAGGAUUCAGUGAUAGGUACUAAAAUCCAUGUCUCCUACCCAGACCAGUCUUUUCUCUGUUACACCACAGUUGCCUCAUGUGGUCUCUGACUUAACAACAAGGAAUAAUAAAAAAACUCCCUUGGAGUAUUAAGAGCACUUAAAUACAAAUAUCUGACACUUUGCUUUUAUUUACCAUCAUUAUUUCCUCCUAGGAAAACCUUGUAGUUCGCACUUCCCUGCAAAUAUAAAUCACUAAAAUGACCGAACUCUCCUUCAGUCUUUAGCUGGAGAGGAAGCCUCUUUCAUUUCUGUGAGACUUCCUUAAUGAAGUUCAAUGAAGCUAUAUUAAAUUUGCUAUUUUAGCUAGAACUUGAUUUAUUUCAAAUAUGUAGGUUUCCUAGCUUGUAUUAAAAUUUGACCAGACUACUGAAUGACAUAGAAAACUAUUUGAAAUUCUUGUGGUAGAAAGACUUUAACAUUUUUUUAUUCACUCAAUGUUAGAAUUUUACAGAUCUUUGAUGUUUUAACCCUAUAAAGCACAAAAAGGAAGAAGGAAUCCUGUUAAGUUUAGCACUACAGUUUAAAAUUAAAAAAAUUAAAACCUCAAGCACUUAGUUGAAGUGACUAACAUCUAGAACGGUAAAUCAGAUAUGGGUUUAAUUCCUUUAAAAUUUUUUCAUUAGAAGCUGUAUAAAUAGGGCAUUCCUUUGAGACCAGUUUCACUUUUUCACUACUGUCAAAUACAUAGCAAAGUACCUUCUUCCAUUGUCUACUUUCAGCUAGUGAACAGCUGUCCUAAACUUGUUGUAUGUUACACAUACUGACUAUGAACUACCUCUUCACCUAUUAUGAGGAAGUUUCCUUAAUAAAAGUGUGACAACU